AUGGAUACAACAGUGCGCGCCGGUGGGGGCGCGCUCUCCAAAUCCGGUCCAAGGUUCCAUUUUGUGAACGACCUGAAGAACUGGACAGCAGCUCAGCAGUACUGCAGAGAGGAGUUCACUGACCUGGCCACCAUAGACAACAUAGCAGAUAGUUUCUACGGAGAGAAUGAAGCCGAGUUCCGGAACUGGGAUGAAAAGCAGCCAAGUCUCCAACCUGAGGAAGAGUAUGUGGGCAUUAACCAGGAGGGAAAGUGGCAUGACUUUGGAAAAAGUCAAAACUGUUCCUUUGUCUGCUACAAUGAGAGAAACUCCACACACCCCUAUGUGCUGGUUGAAAACAAGAUGACGUGGACAGAAGCCCAGAGUCACUGCAGAGACGAAUACACAGACCUGGCCAGCGUGAGGAACCAGGCAGAGAAUAACAAGAUCAAAGACCUAAUCAAGUCGGCCACUGGUGCAGGACAGUUCUUCUGGAUUGGCCUGUUCAGAGAGGCAUGGGAGUGGUCGGAUGGACAGAAUGAGGCGGAGUUCUGGAACUGGGGCCCAAAUCAGCCAGAAGGAAGAACUGGUGAAGUCUGCGUGGUUUUUAGAAAAGAUGGAAAGUGGUUUGAUCGCUUCUGCAAUAAGACUCAUGCCUUCGUCUGCUACAACGACAAGCUGGUCCUGGUGAAGGAGCAAAAGACCUGGAAGGAGGCUCUGGAGUACUGCAGACAGCACCAUGAGGACCUGGUGUCUGUGUCCUCUGAGCAGAUCCAGCGCUGGGUGGCGGGGUGGGCCAAAGGAGCUUCGACUCCCAACGUGUGGGUGGGCCUGCGCUACUCCUGCAACUUGGGCUUCUGGUUCUGGGUCAGUGGAGAAAUAAUCUGCUAUGACAACUGGGUCUCAAAUCAGGAGAGAGAUCAGGGCUGUUCAUACAAGGUGGGGGCCGUGAGGAAAGAUGGGGGCAAGUGGGGCAGCUUUAAAGAAACUGACACACUCAACUUCAUCUGCACCAAGGAAGGACAAUGGAACUGAGGCCUGGAGAAAUCUCAUCAGUAGAGGCUGGAGUUGGUCCUGAUGAGAGGGAUGGAGACUCUGGAGUCGG